AUUAGGCCCUGAUUAGAGGGGAAUCACCCACCUGGUGUCCCAGGUCUAAAUUAGGCCCUGAUUAGAGGGGAAUCACUCACCUGGUGUCCCAGGUCUAAAUUAGGCCCUGAUUAGAGGGGAAUCACUCACCUGGUGUUCCAGGUCUAGACCCUGAUGAGAGGAGAACAGUGGCGCUGGCUUGGAGCUCCAGGGUCCUAGAGGUCAUAGCUGUUCUACAUGUUAUUCUAUGGGUUUAGUCAGCCAGGAUCAGCUGUUUUCAUCUCCAGUGUGUUUUGCUGUACAGCAGGUUUCUCAAACUCGGUCCCGGGGCCCCUCUUGGGUGCACAUUGGUUGUUGUCCUAGCACGACACAGCUGUCUCAAAUAAUCAAAGCUUGACGAUGAGUUGGUUAUUUGAAUCGGCUAUGUUGUGCUAGGACAACAACUAAAACAUGUGUACACACACACACACGUCUGCCCUUGUUUGUGCGGUGUAGUGUCAUAUAUAUAUAUAUAUAUAUAAAGGGCUAAAGGAGAUCUGUUGGAUCAUGUAGCAACAACCAGCUUAUAAAAAUCAUUGAAUCAUGUUGAUGAGACGGGAACCUCUCUGCUCCUACAUGUUGAUGAGACACGGACCUCUCUGCUCCUACAUGUUGAUGAGACAGGUCCUUCUGAGGAGACACGGACCUCUCUGCUCCUACAUGUUGAUGAGACAGGUCCUUCUGAGGAGACACGGACCUCUCUGCUCCUACAUGUUGAUGAGACAGGUCCUUCUGAGGAGACACGGACCUCUCUGCUCCUACAUGUUGAUGAGACAGGUCCUUCUGAAGAGACACGGACCUCUCUGCUCCUACAUGUUGAUGAGACAGGUCCUUCUGAGGAGACACGGACCUCUCUGCUCCUACAUGUUGAUGAGACAGGUCCUUCUGAAGAGACACGGACCUCUCUGCUCCUACAUGUUGAUGAGACAGGUCCUUCUGAGGAGACACGGACCUCUCUGCUCCUACAUGUUGAUGAGACAGGAACCUCUCUGCUCCUACAUGUUGAUGAGACAGGAACCUCUCUGCUCCUACAUGUUGAUGAGACAGGAACCUCUCUGCUCCUACAUGUUGAUGAGACAGGUCCUUCUGAAUAGACACGGACCUCUCUGCUCCUACAUGUUGAUGAGACAGGUCCUUCUGAGGAGACACGGACCUCUCUGCUCCUACAUGUUGAUGAGACAGGAACCUCUCUGCUCCUACAUGUUGAUGAGACAGGAACCUCUCUGCUCCUACAUGUUGAUGAGACACGGACCUCUCUGCUCCUACAUGUUGAUGAGACAGGUCCUUCUGAGGAGACACGGACCUCUCUGCUCCUACAUGUUGAUGAGACAGGUCCUUCUGAAUAGACACGAACCUCUCUGCUCCUACAUGUUGAUGAGACAGGAACCUCUCUGCUCCUACAUGUUGAUGAGACAGGAACCUCUCUGCUCCUACAUGUUGAUGAGACAGGAACCUGUCUGCUCCUACAUGUUGAUGAGACAGGAACCUCUCUGCUCCUACAUGUUGAUGAGACAGGAACCUGUCUGCUCCUACAUGUUGAUGAGACAGGUCCUUCUGAAUAGACACGAACCUCUCUGCUCCUACAUGUUGAUGAGACAGGUCCUUCUGAAGAGAUAGGAACCUCUCUGCCCCUACACUCCUGCACAGAAAAAUAUCUUUCAUCACAGACCACCUCGUUAGAUCACUGAGCUGAGCCAGAGACCGGGCUAUCUCUCUGCUAAAUCACAAUGUUUAUUAAAUCAUUGUGUCCAGAGUUGUUUAUCUCUCGUUAUCGCUCCCUGUUGGUAUGUGGUGGGGGGAGGAGAGUGAGAGUGCGGCUCUUUAACACUAAUGUCGGUAUAUCUCUGUCGUUUACAGUAGCCUGGGGAGGGAGGGAUGGAUGUUACACUGAAAGGUGAGAGGAAAGAAGUAGCACAUGCCACACCUCCCUGUUUACUCAGUGGUCGCUAUGGAGCCUGCCGUGGUUGCCAUGGUGUUGUCGGGGAGGGGCAGUAGGAGAGGUUAAAGGAGACGGAAGAGUGACAUCAUACUCUCUGUCAGCUGCAGGGCUUUAAUCAUUGACGUGAAGCAUUCAGAACGUUGCAGAUAGAAAUAGAUGAACUACAGCUGGAACGACUCCCUGUUCUACAUAACAGACCUGACCAUGUUUGUUCUACACAAUACAUUUCUACAUCCUGAGAUGGUGGAGGCUGAUUUAAAAGACGUUCUCGCUCUCAAGGGGAUUUAUUGGCACGGGAAACAUGUUUACAAAAGUGAGAAGGCAAAACAUCAACAACAAAACGAUUUAGAAUUUAGAACAGUAAACAUUGCACUCAAAAAGGUUUUUACAAAAAAUAUCAACAUUUUCAAAUAGUCUGUUUUGAUUUUUCUUUUCAAAUUCUUUAUGUUUCUGUGUGAAAUAUGUAUCUGUAAUGUGGUUAUACAUUUAGCAUGAGGUCAGGAAGUGCAGCUCAGUCUCUCACUCUCAGGGCUCUGGCAGACGAAGAUCACGGACACUGCUGAUCCUCUUUAGACACACACAUUGUGUUAAUGGUGCUGUCCCUACACACACACACACACACACACACAGAGACGACAUGCAUGCAUCAGGUGCAUGUUGUAUGGACCAGGCCACAGAGGUUAUAGUUCAGGGUUCAACCUCCUCAACGACAGUCAGGGUUUGAUUUUAUUUGGACUUAUCCUGUAUUCUUUCCUUCCUUUCUUUCUUUUUUUUAUAGAAAUUGUUUUUUUUAAUAGCUUUUUGUUACUCAAGACGAGAGGUUUUUAAAAGCAUAAAUGAAGGUGACGAUGUGUUUUAUAGCGUUAAUGGUGGUGAUGUGUGUUGUAGGCUGUUUCAGCAUGAUGGAAUCACAUGAAACUGUUUCAACACUGAGAUGAAGACCUACUGUUAACCGGUGAGCUGUAAUAAAAUAUUCACUGAACGCU